AUGUCCACAUUAAAAUGUAAACAAUUUUGUAGGAAAAUAUUUUUAAAUCCGAUAACACACGAUUAUAUGUACUUUUAUUCUCAGUAUCCUUCAGAAUACGUAAAUCCAAUUUUUACUAAACCGGAAAUGGAUAAAAAAUUAGAUGAAAUAUCAUUUGAUGAAGUUAAAUAUUUUAAAAUAAGAGCAUCAUUAAGCGAUCAAACCUGUUCAGUUUUUUACGAUGAUGAUAAAAGGAAAUUGAUAAAUCGAGUUAUGAAAAAAGGUGAUAAAAUAUUAGCAAGAACACUUGUCAAUAAUGCUUUCACUAAAAUAAAACAUGUACAGUUGAGAAAAUACAAUAAGGAAAAGGAUGAAAGCGAAAGGGAAAAAAUCCCAUUGAAUCCUCUCGUCAUUUAUCACUCAGCCAUAAAAAAUUUAACUCCUAGUUUAUAUUUGACAAAAAUUAAAAAAAGUGGUACAUGGUAUCAAAUCCCUGUGGGUAUAAAACCAAAUGAAGCUAAAUUUAGAGCAAUACAAUGGCUUUUACAAGCUACAAUGGAAAAAUCACCUGUCAUAAGUUUUGAAAAAGCAUUAGCAGACGAAAUACUUGCAGCUCAUGAAAAAAGGGGUAAAGCAUUUAAUAAAAAAUUAGAAUUGCUUAAAAUGUGCGAAGCUAAUCGAAGUAUCGCUCAUUAUAAAUGGACAUAA